AUGACUGCAAAGAUGCACGUGGAGAUUGAUGAUGCUUUGGAGAAACUUACUUUGAAAGACACAACUUUAGACAAACCGUUGCUUCUCGACGAAACAAGCAAAGAUGAUGCACGAGUAUUGCCUAAACGUGGAUAUGACAAUGAUUUAUUCCGGAUUGAGAAACAUUCAAAGUUCACUCAUUCACAAAUCCGUGACUUUGAAGCCAACUUAAAUGCUAAAGAAGAGGAGGCUUAUGCACAAGCCAUAAUUAAACAGGUUCAACAAGCAGAUACCCUGACAACAACAAUAACAAAAUCCAAGACGAAAAAAGUAAAGAAAGCCACAACUAAACUGACAAAGUCCACGAAAAGUGGAGCAAAACCAUCACCAGUACCGUCCCGUUCGUCUUCUCUAACAUCGCCUUCUCAAACAACCUCAGAGGAUCAAGAAAUAUUUGCAAAAAACGAGAGUUUGCGUAAUCUUUAUGACAAUUGGAAUUUGCCCUAUUCGGAAAACUUGCCAAUAGUAAGUCCAUUGCCAAAUGAAACACCCCUUGAUUUUCAUGCAACACACAAUGGAGACUCUUUGCCAACGAAAAAGGGUUCACAAAGAUUAUCUACUACGAAACUAUUGAUCAAAAACUGGUGUGUGUUGCGUGAGUAUUAUAGAGUUUGGUCUGGGUCAUUGCGCACUCCAGCCACAAAAGCAAUGGAACAAGGGACUAGACACCACGCCAUAUUGGAAGAAGAAACCCACCCUCGAAUUGAUAUUACCGACAUGUUGGAUUUUGUAGCAGAGAAGGCUCAAUCUUUGCAAAGGGAGUUGAAAACGAGACUUGUGGUAGCGACGAAUGUGGCAGGAGACCAAGAUGUUUUUGUUCAGAACGACGCCACAGUUGAAGAAAUAAAACGAGUGUCUCUUUUGGUGGAUGAGAUGUUGACAAUAAGUGAGGAGGACAAGGUAGCUAAUAAUUGGGCUCACAACGUAGUCGCCCGAUUAUUUGCAAUCUUGGCAAACUCAGAAGCUAGAGAAAUUCCAAUCCAUUCAUUUAUCGACAUGAAUAGAUCCAAGAUUAUCGAGCCGAAAGAUGGUGUUGAGGCAUUGGAAAAUUCCGUCCCCAUUUCGUCGAUUGUUGAUUUGUUCAAAUUUGGCAACCACAAGGACCCCACUGACUUUUCAUUUUUCACAGAGUUACGAAACAUGUUGCAUUUUGAAUACGAAAAGGAUCACUUGGGGAAACCAAUUAUUGAUUUGACAAGUUUCAUACCAGAAACUCAGAAGAUUCUUUCCGAGUAUAGCACUGACAAAUUGUCACUUGUAGUGUCGGAUGUUAAAACCCGGAGCGGUAACACUUUACCUUACCAACAAUCAGUACUUGAUGGUGCCAAAGACCAAACAAUGUUUUAUCGCAAGUUUUUUGAAAUACUAACACACGAUUCCGAGUUUACGUAUCGUGGUAUGAUAAAAAACGCAGCAACACGUUCUUGUGAUGUGGACAAACCAUUGAGUCCAAUAUUGGUGUUGCAAAUGUUGAGAUUGAAUCCUAAUUUAUUUUACACCGAUUUUGUCAAAUUGAGUAAUGGUGAACCAAUUGACUUUGCGCCGUAUGAUGAGGAUAUCAAGUUGAACAAAUUGAAUCGGUCACUUGCUGAGUUGGAAAUUGUGGGGUAUCCAAAGUCAAUGGAUGAUGAUGCAACUGUGAAACAGAAUCCACAAAUUGAGUUCCAAUUUGAUUUGUUGUUUCAAAAUGCCCAAGAAUUUUCAUCCAACACACCAUCAAAUGAAUCAUAUUUGAAAGAACUAGACAGGAUCGACGUUACUUCUACAGCGAGUGGAAAUAUCACACUGGCCGUAUUGCAACACUCAUUCCCAUACUCUCAUUACAUGAAGCCACUUUUGAAAACAUGGAAAACUCCACCGACGUUAAGAUACGUGAUUGCAAGAUCAGCACAACUAUUCAGCUUGUUCCAAAACUUUGUCGAUGACUCAACAACUGUGGAAUACCAUAAUGCCAUCAGUCAUGAAGUAUUUGAGAUCCGUCAUUACAAGCACCUGCAAAAACAGUUGGACCAAGCUUUAAGAGAUGCGUGUGAUUUCUGGUUGGGAAGAACUUUACCCAAGUUUGCAGACUCUUUAAGCAAAUGCAAUACAUGUGAAUUUAGAACAAAAUGUAUCAUGGGAAGAGGUGAAGCUGAUGAUUUGAUGAAUAAGCGGAAAAUGGUUGGUCCCCAAUUGAGAGAGCUUCUAGGCCAACAUGUGCUGUGA